AUGUCGACAGCUAAAAGUCUUCUAGAAAAUCUCUCUGACGAAGAUUUACGUGGUUUAAUGAAAUCAUUUUUAAAAUCACUUGAUCCAGUUCUAUUGAAAGCUGCACGACGAGGAUCAACAAAUAUAACAUUCACCGAUGAACAACUUAUUCAUUCAUUAUCAUCGACCGCUAACAAUAUUGCUCAUAAUUCAGAACUAUUGCAUCGUCUACAUUUUAUUAUUGAUGAUGCAUUUGGUGAUAUGAUCGAUAAAGAAAUUGAACGUUCAAUGAUUUCGAAUAAAUCGAUAAAAAAACAAAAGCAACAAGUAAAUAAAACAAAAUUAGAACAUGACGGUGCAUCAGCUAUAAGUCAAACGAUAGCUGAAACACGAGAACUCGCAUCGUUUCGCACUGAUGUAUUGCGACGUCUUCAUUUAACACUGGGUGAUUUAGUUGAAAAUUUCAAUGAAGAAUUUCCAUUAAGUUUAACAUCAUCAACAUCGUUGGGUAUUGCAUCUGAUCCAUUCGUACCAGAAAAUCGAACCAUAGUUGGCACAUCGAUUGAACUCCGUGACAUAGCUGAGCAUCGUCAGUCCGCUACGGGUGGUGGUUCUUCAUCGUAUAAUGUUAGUUAUGGAAGUGAUUCUGACACAUCAUAUACCAAUGGUUCCAGCGGACGACAUAAAAGUUUCAUGUUUUUUGAUGAUAAUCAUCUACGAACAGUAGCCGAUAAUUUAUCACCAACGAAACCGGAAAGAGCUCGUUUUCGUGCAUUAAAUGAUCUAUUAAAUUAUGCUCCCAAUGAAGCUAUUUCAAUUGGAAGUUGGAAAAUACUUUGUCCAAAUUUAAUUCUUGCAUUAGGUGAUACAAAUCAAGAAAUAGCUAUGGCUUGUCUUACACUACAUUCACGUUUAUUGGCAGCAGGGAAUAUCAGUGUCGUAUGUGAAACUCUCACUAAUCUUGUUGAACAUUUAGUACAAUGGUUUUCUUCAAUGACUGUUAUUGAAUUACAGCCGAAUGCUAUUUCACUUGAUAUUUUGAAUCCGACCGUUGAAAUGAAAUUGAAACAAAUUCGUCUAAUAGUUGAAUUUCUUCAAGAAACAACAAAAUAUUGGAUGCGAUAUUCAGAGAAGUUGUUUUUUUUGUUUUGUAAAAUAUUUCGUUUAAAAAUUGUAGUGAAAUCAUUUAGUCAUGUUGAACAUAUCAUCAAUGAAACGAUACGACUAUUCUCUUUCGGCUCAGUACCAUGCGAAUCAAAUACUGCACGAAUACUCCCACUCCAUUUUUUAGCAUUACUUGAUCCGGAAGCUAAUUGGUUUCGUACAUGGAUGCAUGCUACUUACAGUCGAGCAUAUUUACUUCGUUCAUUAUCAAAUAAGAAAAAUCUAUUAGUAUGUGCAUAUCAAUCAAUUGUAAAUUAUGCUCAUACACAUACGCAACAAAUGAAUAUGGCAAAUGACGGAAAUGAUAAUUCAUUAUAUGCCUCAGGCAUACGAAGAAGACCCAUUGGUACGGCUUCAUCUGAUGGUAGCAUUCGUUCAAUGAUGACAUCAAAUAAUGGACCACCAUUAGCAACUUCAUUUCUUUCAAGUCUUGUGCCAACACCACCGAUAUCUGUUCUACCACCAGUUCCUCCGCCGCCUGUUGUACCAGCAAGUUCAUCACAUUAUACACGACUUGAACUUUCUAAUGUACAUUUUGUUCAUUCGCUUUGUUUAUUUGAACAUAUUGUUUGUUCGAAACAAGCUCGUCAAUUAGUUUUUCCAUUUAUUAUCAGUAACGAUAAACAAAUUUAUGUCAAAGAUAUUCUUAGAGUAUUUAUUCAAAUAAUGUUUGUUGCAAAUAGUAGAAAAGCAGCUUCAUCGUUAUGUUGUCAAUUGUUUAAAAGACUUUGUCUUGAAUCAGAUACAUGUGGUCCAUUAAUGUGUAGCGAUGAUUUAUUUGAUAUAUUAGUUAAACCAAUAAAACAAUAUAUUGGCUCGAAGAAAAUCUUUAAUGAUUAUUUAAGAUCAAAUGGUAAUAUUGUGUCUGAAUGUGGUCUUAUUAGUCUUGCUGAUUUACUUGCUGCUAUGGCGUCAAAUGAUACUGGCUAUCAAUAUCUUAUACGAGCUCCAACUACAUCUAAUACAGGAUCACCAGCAUCACUAAUUGUUGCUUAUGUUAAACGUAUCUUAUCUCAAUAUACAAGUAGCCGGUUAAGUUUGAUAACACCGGACUUAUCAUUAACAACAUCAUAUACAUUUAUGCCAACAGCGUUAUUAUCGGAAUUUAUCUAUGUAUGUCGAUUAGUUUAUUCUCGUACAUCCGGUUUACUUAUAAUUAAACGAGCACAAUUACAUAAAACACUUGCUGAAGCAUUUAAAAUUGAGUUGGAUAAAAAUAGUUCACCACCAUUGAAUCGGAGUCCAUCUGCUGAAUCCGAAGAUCAAAUGAGUCGUAAUACAAUGCCGUGGAAGGAAACAUUACUUGAUAAUUUACUAUUAUUUGGUUCAACACCAAAAGAAACAAAUUAUCCCUAUUUACAUGUUUUACUAGGUAUAUACCUACUAACACAAACUGGUUUUUUACCCGAAUGUGUUAUUUAUAUUGAUGAACGUUGGAGAUCAAAAGUACAAGUUGGUAAAUUGGAACAAUAUGGUUUUGGAUAUUUACUUUCACAAAUGGCUAAUACACCAGCUGUUGUUUCACGUUUGGAUCAUUCUGGUUUUGUUGAAUAUUUAAUGGAGCAACUAUGGACCGAAUUAGAAAACGUACCUGAUGAUUUAACAAGUGUAUUCCCUCGACGUUUUCCAUCUGAGCCUAUUAGUCGAUAUGCUUUAAAACCAUUAUUAAGUCUUCUUUCCCUGGUUUCCUCAUUUUCUGCUGCUUAUGAAUUAUUAUCAACAGAUAACAAUGAACCAUCAACAUCAAAUAGUAUGGACAAAAAUCCUAAGCCAUCAACACCAAAUGGUAUGGAUAAAAAUCCUAAACCAUCUACGCUUCUCGGUUUACUUGAACGAAUUUCAUUUGUUGUCGACGAUAAUGAUAUUCGAAAUCUUCUUUGUUAUGAACACACACAUACUGCUGGAUUACGAUUAUUAUCAAUAAUGCAAUCAGAUUUAGAUGUUCAAUUGCUGCUUGAAACAAAAUAUAAUUAUGUGGAAAAAUUGAGACACGCACAAGCAGAAAUCGAAUCAGGAGGAAAUAUUAUUUUAGAUCAAUUAAGUUUAGCACGUAAUCAUGUUCUUGUUAAUGCUGAACUAUUAGGUGGUUCUCAAGAGAAAAAUAUGCCACCAUGGACAUUGAAUGAAAGUGAUGAAACAUCAUUAAGUUCAAUACCAUUAUUUGGUGGUUCUAUGCUUUUGCCGGAUGCUUACAUCAUCAGAGCAAAUUAUGGAGGAUCUGCAAAUACAAAAAUCGAAGAAAACGAAUUACACCGUCUUGUAAGAAGUUCUCGACCAGAUCGACUCGAUGAUCGUUGGCUAAGUAAAUGUCGCCAUUACUUUAUGGCGACUCUUCGUCAAUCAACUCAAGAAACAUUACCACUUUCUCUCAUGGCUGAUCUACUCGAUGCUGUUGUCGACAUUCAUGAUAAACUUCAUAUGGAUGUUGUUUUUAAUUCGUCCCGAGAUUCAUUAUCUUCUUCGGUUACUAUUCAAAAAGCUGAUCUGGCCAAACUAUCAUCGGCAAGUGUAUUAAAUCCAAUUCAAGAACUUGGCGUCAAUAAAGCAUUAAAUUAUGGUGCUCGUAUUGGACUUGUGCAAGAUCAAGGUGCUAGUCAGCAAAAUCUCAUUCGACUACUCAAAGCACUUAAAACGCAUCUAAAACAGAAAACAGUAACAACAUCAUUGUUAUCAUCACCAUCAACUACAGGCACUAAAACAGCGGCAUCAUCAACAACAAAUGCUGCAAUAGCAAAUAUAAUAGCUGCAGUUGAUAAUAGUGGAAACAAAUUAAAUUAUACUUCGUCAUCCGAUGCUUAUCCGGGUUUUGAUUGGUUUGUCACAAGUGUUUUUCUCUUGAUGGGUUGUGAUGAUGUACGUUCAUGGCGAUGGCUACGUACAUUUUCAUUAAUUUUACCAGCUGGCUUUCUUUGGCAUGCACGUCUUUUCAAUACACCGUUUGUUAGCAAUGAAAUGAAUCUGUAUGGUUUACAUCCCGUUUAUGUUGGUGCUGGUCAUUGUGUUGAAUUAAUUGUUGAACAAGAAAUGCCUCCAGUUUUUGCUGCAUUUCGUAUGUCUGGUUUUGCUAUUUCUCAUAUGGUUAUACAUUGGACAAAACAAUGUUUUUGGUCUGUAUUAGAUUGGCCAGAAAUAGUUACAUAUAUUUGCGUAUGCAUACUAUAUGGUAUUGAUUAUCAAGUUUAUUUUUGUGUUGCGCUUCUUCGACAUUUGCAACAAGAUAUUAUCUAUCAACAUUCAUCAAGAAAUUUGUUACCAUUUCUUAAAACCCAUCAAAUUCGAGGAUUUUCCAUGCGUAAUUCUAUUGAAUACAUGGUAUCGCUAGAGAAAAAGUAUCGAGCCAUUGUUACGCCUGAACUUAGAGAACUACUCUGUCUCAAUGCUAAUGUAUCAAAUACAACUAAUAAACAAACGAAUGUUUAA